AGAAGUGAUAAAAUGGGUGAACCUAUGCCGGAGAUCAAGUCCAAGCACAGCUUGGUUGCCAAGUAUGUGACUAAACCUAUCUGGGACAAACUGCACCAGGCUGUUACUACAACAGCUGGGUUCACCUUAGCUAAAGCUAUUGCUUGCGCUACGGAGUAUGAUGAUCAGCACUGUGGAAUAUACGCAGGUGACUGGGAUUCCUACAAAAUAUUUGCUGAAGUGUUUGAUCCUAUUAUCCAGGAGUAUCACGGUAUCUCUGGAGAUGUUGUUCAUGAGUCUGACAUGGAUGUUUCCAAAAUAAAGGGAAACAUUGACCCCUCUGCUCCUGUUCAUUCUACCCGUAUCCGGGUUGGACGAAACAUUGAUGGGUUUGGUCUCUCUCCUGGAAUCACCAGGACCCAGAGACUAGAUGUAGAGAACCUUAUGAAGAAAGCCUUUGCUAACCUUACAGGCGAUCUGGCUGGCACCUACUAUCCUCUGACUGGAAUGGAAGAGAAAGUCCGACAACAGCUUGUAGAUGAUCAUUUCCUCUUUGUAUCAGGAGACAAGAACCUUCAAACCUCUGGUAUGGAGAGGGACUGGCCAGAGGGGCGAGGAAUCUUCCAUAAUAAGGAUAAAACCUUCUUGACCUGGGUCAACGAGGAGGACCAGCUGAGGAUCAUCUCUAUGGAGAAGGGCGGAGAUGUCAAAGGGGUGUUCGACAGACUGGCUAGAGGAAUUCAGGCGGUGGGUGAGAGUGUGAAAAAGGAAUCCGGAAAGGAUUUCAUGUUGGAUCCUAAAUAUGGAUUCAUCCAUGCUUGCCCUACUAAUCUUGGAACAGGUAUGCGAGCUAGUGUCCAUGUUGACCUGCCUGGCUAUACUAAGGAAGGAUUGUCUGUACUGAAGGCUAGGUGUGAGGAGUUGAAAGUGCAACCUCGAGGCACCAGGGGGGAAUCCGGGGGACAAACUGGGAUCACUUACGAUAUCUCUAAUAAACACAGGUUGGGAUACAGUGAGGUUGAACUGGUUCAGUGUAUGAUAGACGGAGUUAACUCGCUUGUCAAGGAAGACUUGGAGCUCCAAAAGAAGCACGGAAUCGCUUAGACGAUUUGAUGAUCGUUGAUGAUCUGAUGAUCGUAAAUGAUCGGAUGAUCUGAAAUGAUUUGAUAAAUACAGCAGUCGGGAAUUAGCUUGUUUUUAGUCUUCUUCUUGUUUGAUUUCACAGUUUUAGUAUUGAUUUUUAUCUUCCAAUUAGAGAGCUUGUCAGUAAACUUCUUCCAAGAAAUAUUUUAUACAAAUGAAAGCUCUUUUGAAGUGUGAAAGAUGAAAUAUUUUUUGUGAAUUUUUUACAGUUAAACACACUUAAAAUAGUUAAACUGGUAAGCAAAUCAUAUAUCACAAUCCCAUUUGAAAUCCAGGAACUAGAAUUUUCUGAAUCUUAUCAAUCAAUGCAUUUAUACCACAUAUUGGAACAUCCUCUGCGUCAUGGUUAUCCAUCUAAUUGGUAUGACGCAAACUUCUGACGCAUUUAUGAAACCGAAUCAUCGGCAAUAUAUCCCUGUGAUGUUAAGAUUUACAAAUUGUGAUACUGUAGUAAAAAUGGUGCUCCUUUUUUCUCCUGCGUAAAUCCUUGAGUUGAGGGGCAUUUUAGUAUUUUCUGCAUUUAAAAACCAAACCUUUAACUUUAAAAACGUUUCGCUAGAAAUAGCUAGAAGACAAUAAUUGAGUUUAAGGUUUUAAAAAAAAAUUAAAAAAUUUUGAAAUUUAAUUUUAGA